AUGUCGGAAUCGUGUCAAGACGGUAAUUGUCAUGGAAAUUACGAAUAUGGGCCCGACGAAUCACCAACGAAGCUUAUCGUCAAUUACAUUCCCGAAGUCAUGACCCAGGAUAUGAUGUUUUCAUUAUUUUCCACCAUGGGUAAAUUAGAAAGUUGUAAAUUGAUAGCGAACAGAGGGUAUGGUUUCGUCGAGUACGCUCGGCCUGAUGAUGCUGUGAAGGCACGAAAGGCCUUUAACGGUCUGUUAAUGCAGAAUAAGACACUCAAAGUGUCUCACGCCCUGCUCAAUCCAGAGUUGAAACCUCCCACCAAGCCGGAAGCAGAUUGGAACCUCUACGUGUGUAACCUGCCAAACGAACUAACCUUACAGGAUUUACAUGGACUGUUCGCACAAUUUGGUAAAAUAGUCAAUUCCCGUAUAGCUUCAGGCAUAGCUUUUGUAUUAUAUGAACACCAAUAUGAAGCAGAGAGGGCCAUCCAAAACAUCAAUGGAUCUAUACCUCCUGGCUUCUUGGAAGCUCUUACUGUUAAGUAUGCUAAUAAAAGUAAUCCAAAUAAACAUAAAAACAAUAAUAAUAAUUUUUCUAAGAAUCCACUUGUGAAACCUUAUCAUUGGAUAAAUCAUAUGGGUGCUAUUGGUGACCAUAAUUCCCCUAGUACAUGGUCUAUUUAUAUUUAUAAUAUUGCUCCAGAAGUGGAAGAACUGACUUUGUGGCAGCUUUUUGGUCCAUAUGGUGCUAUUUUAUCAGUUAAGAUAAUUAAGGAUCAUCAAACUAAUAAAAGUAAGGGAUUCGGUUUUGUUACAAUGAGAAACUAUGAUCAAGCGGCGAUGGCUAUACAAGCUUUGAAUGGCUAUGUUAUUCAUGGUCAGCCCCUAUCUGUAAGUUUUAAAACACAAAAAAGAUAA